CGUCAUUGUCUUUGCUUCUUGAUUUUUCUUUUAAUAAGGAAAAAGUAAAAGAAGAUAUACAUUGUCAGGGCUUAAUUCAUAAUGAAAUAGAGAAUGCUUAGUGACAUAGCAAAUCUUCAGGCCCGUCACCAUCUCUUCAUGGAGGCGCUCAACACGGACCUCGACUACUAUGAUGAGCAGGCUUCUUCAGGACACCUUAGUAAGAGAUCUCUUUUUAUUACUCAUUGUAAGUUUUUGCCUUGACCUUCAGAUGAUUAAAGUGUUCGUAGUGGACUUGUGUCGCUUGCUGGAAUAUGAAGUGACAGAGUCCACAUCCCUGUCUGAGGUGCAGCAGUGGGUUGCACGUGACAGUGGGGUGUUGGUGGAUGACCAAAGGCCCCUACUCCCACGUGGGCAGCCCCCCGACCCCACUAGGCCUGCCAUCCAGUGCUGGGCCCCUCCGGAUGAAGAUGAAUGGUUGUUGUAUAUCUUUGCUGAGGGCAUGACGCGACCACAGGUGCCACCACACUUUCCACCUUUAGUAGAGGCAAUGUUAAGAGAACCCCGAACGGCUGUCGAAUACCAGACGCAGCGUAGAAUGUGGGCACAUGCUGUGUUCUUCCUUCAUCGGGAAGCCCGUCUCCUUACCCUGUUAACGCAAGCACAGAAAGUUUCAAUGCUUCACCUAAUGUCUGGCCAUGCUCAGUUAACCAAAACCGGCCAGAGAAUGCUUAGUGACAUUGCAAAACUUCAGGCCCGUCACCAUCUCUUCAUGGAGGCGCUCAACACGGACCUCGACUACUAUGAUGAGCAGGCUUCUUCAGGACGCCUUAGUAAGAGAUCUCUUUUUUUAUGGCUCAUUUGAUAUGUCUGGCUGUUUUUGGUUCUGUGGAUGUUUUGCUGGGAAUCAUUAGUUUUCUUCAUGAUAAGGUAGAUAUCCUUUGAUUUCUGAUUUGUUGUAUACUAGGAUACUUCAUUCAUAUAUCUAUCAAUAGGAUAUCAUAGCUUAACACAGGUUAAUUUGCAAUCAUUAGUUCUAAUCCACUGAACCUAGCACUAAUCAUAACCCAAACAGAAUGUUUUUGUUGUUAUAACCCUCUCAGUAUUUAAAUAUUUUGUAUGUAUGAUGAAAUAUGAAAUUCGCCUGCUGACAAGCGAGUGCCCCAUACACAAGCAGCACGCAUCUUUUAAACCUUCUGGAGCAAUACGGUUAUGGUGGUAUUCUCAUUGAGAAAAAAUUCCCAUCAUUCUCCCUCAUCAUCUCUCCUUUCUUUCUAUUUCUCUGUUUGACUUUGCAUUACUGCAGUAUUAUGACAUUAACCCACUGGAUCCCUGUCUUCACUGCCAAAAAUCCGAACAGUAGUCUUACAUGAGCAGCCACUCUGACAGGUGUGCAGCUCUUAGGCUGGGCUCACACAAACUCUCAUGUGUGUUGACAAGACUCCAUCCCUCCCCUUGUAAUGUUAUUUUCUCUUUUUCUGCAUAAGUGUUUUUAUCUUUUUUGCCAUUUUGCAAUGUCUAUAUUUGUCAU